GCUACAGGUGCAGAUGCGGGGACCUGACGUGUGCACGCUCUUCCCGCGACUUGCGUGACCUCGGUGAUUGACGCGGAUCCACCAUCCACCCGCGCGCCCCGGGGACACUGAUGCCUGAAGCUGAUCCAUGAUGAUGAAACAGGCUGCGUGGUGCCAGACGCCCCCCUCGGUGACGGUGCGGGUCAGAGCCAACAGCACCCAGUCUCUCCAGGUCCGCAGAGGUCUGCGGCUCAAACGGCCCAACGCUGAGGGCGCUCAGUGUCCACAAGGAAAAAACCAGCCCAGACACAGAAACGACAGGUACAUCGUCCAAGUAGUUCCAUCCCCAACUAUCCUCAUCCAGCACCAAGAAAUGGCUACGUAUUUUAAACUAUUUGAAGAUGACUUGAUCCAGGACUUUUUGUGGAUGGACUGUUGCUGUAAAAUGACAGACAAGUACCUUCUAGCAAUGGCCUUUGUGUAUUUCAAAAGAGCAUGCUUCUCUCUGGCUGAAUACACCAGGAAGAAUUUCUUCAUGGCUCUGUAUCUUGCUAACACAAUGGAGGAGGAUGAAGAGGAAAAUAAGUACGAGAUUUUUCCUUGGGCUCUAGGCAAGAACUGGAGGAAAUAUUUCCCUCGCUUUUUGAAGCAGCGAGACAAGCUUUGGGCUCGUACUGAGUACCGAGCUGCUGUCAGCAGGCGCUGCUGUGAAGAGGUGAUGGCCAUUGUUCCCUGUCACUUUGUAUGGCAGAGAGAGCGCUCAGAGCAUCACAGUGGUGCUCAGCGGCAGUACGGCCACAGAGAGCACACUCCCGUUCCUCGAGGGCCCGCAGCCUCUCCAGUCUCCUGUGCGAUCUGCAGCCACACCUCCAAACUGGACCAGAGCCUUAGUCUAGUCUCCUCACAAAAAACCUCUUCCACCCAAGUAACAAACCCGCCCCGUCUGCUCCCUGCAGCUCCCUCACUGAGACUGGAGAGGACACCCCCUCGAACAACCACCUCUCAGCAGAAACUGGGCCCUCACAUCAGUGAGUGUUAUUUUGUGAAGGAAUUUCACAAGAAUAAAUUGUCCUAUGGAUCCUUAUACGACUCCUCCAUGGACUGGAUUAAUGAGGAGUAGAUUUAACAUCAUCUCAAGAGGCGGACAGUGGUCGUGUCUACACAUCUGCAUGUUUCUGUGUCUGCUGCAAAGUCUAACUGAGCAGUUUUACAUUUUCUAAUCAAAUUCUGUAUGUAAUUAUUGUAAGUACUGCAAGCUGUAAUGAUGACAAAUAAAGUACUGCCUAUGUGUCACCCUGGGGUGUUACCUUGACCUGGGUUCUAUUUAUUUGUAACAUGAGUUGGUUAAUUUAUUUAUUUAUGCACUUUUUGUAUUGUCAUUGUUUCAUCAAAUAAAAUAAAGUCACAUGCAGUAAUCAAA